UCGGUUGUUGCUUGUUGGUUGUCGGUUGUUGGUUGUCCGCUGUCGCUGCAUGUUGCAUGUUGUCGGUGGGUUGUCGCAGGUUGCCACCGCGUUUUUUGGCCCUGCACGCAGACUCUGUGCGACUGCAAGGUGCUCUCGAAUUAACAAGUAUGCGAGCAGCCGAAAAAACACUCUAGCUUUGCUAUUCUGACACAGUUUCGCGGCAAAUCAGCAAAGACUGCAAGACAGCGAAAAAGAUCGAAAAACAGCGGACGAGUGUGUGUAAAGUAAAUGUGCAUUCGACAACAAAAGCGGAGAAAAGUGAGGAAAAAACCAAAGAAGGUGCCGAGGCAGAAAUUGGAAAUAAACAAAAAGAAAUUGCAUAAGUCGGAUUUUUGGCGUGCGCUUUGCUCAUCUUCUGUCCCACUGCUGCAAUAUUUGAGUGGCUUCUGCUGUUUAUCCUACGAAAAACGCGAGAUAAAACGCGGGGACGGGGCGUCGAAUUAUUUAAACUUACUGGAGAUAUUUUACAAAAUUUAAUCAACUCCGCUGGGCUGCUUGACCAUUUGACUUUUUUCGAACAAGUUUGCUUUCAAGUUUUGCGUCUCUGUCUGCGCUUUCGGCAAUUAAAACACAUUAAUGCAAUUGUUGCUAACCAAUUUCUAUAUUCAUGUGUGUGCGCGCCUUUUAUCCGCUAAACAUUUAUGCAACUUGGCCGAAAUCAACAGCAACAUUUGGCCAAGGGACGAACUUUAUCCGCAAUUGAAGUCUGUGUGAGACCACAAUGCCAAUUUGCAAAAGUUCACCGGGCAUGGCAAGCAAAAAAACAGCCUCGGACAUAUCCGCCGACCACGUGACGGAAGGCGCCCAGGUGAAGCGAACUCGGGAGCAGGCCUACUUCAACUCCUACGACUUCGAUGCAAUCGAGGUGCUGCCCUACGACGAAGAGGACGACGGGGCGGGGCACACGGGUCAGAGCCGGAACAGGACCAGGAGCAGGAGCAGGAGCCAAAGCAGGCACGGGAGCAGCAGCAGCCGGAGCAGCAGCACGCGGAGCUACUCCGCGGCCAACGAUCCUGGUGCGGCGACUAAGUUCGCCUAUCUGCAACGCCUGGGAGCCUUCUUUGCACGGAGCGGAGGUGGUGCAGGCGGAUCGGGAGCACCAGAAGCGGCCAGUGGAGCUGCCCCGAGUGGAGGAGGGACAACCAACUUGGAACCUAAGGGCAGCAGCGAGAACUUUCUACUGCCACGAGCCAUGCUCAAGUAUCAAAGCACUGCGACAACAUCAGCGUCGCCAUCGUCCACAUCCACGUCGACGGCAGCCGCUCCAAUGCCAUCGAGGAAUGCACUGGGCGGCGGAACGGGGGAUCCGAUUGGUCACGACCAACAGCUGGAGGUGUCCGCCGGCGUGGGGGAGCGCAGCAAGAAGUGCUCGAUUGCCUCCAAUGUCAGCAGCACGCAUUCCGCGGAUUCCGGACUGCCAGUCGCAGCGGCAACAUCUGCGACGGCAGCAACAUCUGCUGCAGCAGCGAAACAGGCGGCUGAGACGGCGGGGGGCGGUGGCGGUGGCGGUGGCAGUGGCUCACACUAUUCGACGGACAAAAGCGGCUCGUCCGGUUAUUACAGCUCCAAUGUGUGCUCCACUUACUCGCUGGACGAGCACAUCUACUGCGAACCGGUCAUCGAUGUCCAGGAGAAGAUCAAGAGUGUGGCCGCCAGGCAGCGCCAGAGACCGCCGCUCCAGCUGCCAGCGAAAGUGGGGGCUCCGCAGGAGGUGGCCUCGGAGGUGGAGCCACCAGAAGCCACGGCCUCCGCUGAAAAGUCGUCGGCAGUGAAGAGUCAGCGCUCGGAGAUGCAAGAUGCAGCCGGAGCUGCCCCAAGCGACCGUCCGAGUCAGUUUGCGAGCGAGACGGCGGAGGGGCUGCACCACUACAGCGACAAGCUGCGCAUCCUGGAGACGAGCAUCGAGAACCUGGACCGCCACCUGAAGACCUUUCCCUGCCUGUACGCCCAGGAGCAUAUCGUGGGCUUCAUGCAGGCAGCCGGAGGAAGAACCCAUCCCAUCGAAGUCCCAUCCCACGCCCUGGACAUUGGGGAGAAACUGAGGGCCUACAACCAGCUGCCCACCAUCAUGGAGCAGCAACAGCAGCAGCAGGAGCAGCUGGUGGAUGACUCUUUGCUGGACAUCGACCUAGAUGCCUUUCUGCUCGCGUCCAACGCGGAGCACCGGGGCAUCGACAAUCCCAGCUUCCUGAACGAUGAACAGCUGGCUGAGAACAACUACAAGUGCGCCAAGUACAUCAACUCCUGUCCCGAGGACGCCUAUCGCCUGGAGAGCGAGAGGGGCGGCGCUGGAGUGGGCGUGGCGGAGAAGAGCUUCGCCAAGCGCUACGAGGACCAGCUGCAUUUUCAAAACACUCGGGAGCUGCUGGAGGAUGUCCGUGAUAAGAUACGCCUCCUCUCGCGUGCCACUCCGCCGCCCUCGGCCACGCCCACGCCCGCCCACACCCCGCCCUCCGACGUGCCCAAGGAGCUGGAGGGCAUGAUCCACACGCUGAAGCACGAGCUGGAGUCCUACCUGCAGCGAAUGAACCAGCACAGUGAGCAGGAGCUGCGCCAGCUGUGCAGCGGCCUGGGCCGCCAGCAGCACGUGGUCCGGCUGCAGAACGCCCUGGAGCGGAGACGCAGUUGCGCCGACCUGCAGCUGAACGCCUACGAAGCGGUUCGCGACGGAGUGCUGAUCUCCGCCAGCGGCCGACCGCUCAGCGUCCGCGAGCAGAUCAUGACCAUCCGGUGUGCCAGCGACCCCAACUUCAAGAUGAAGCGCAAGUCCAUAGCGGAGAUCUUCCCCGCCGCCGAGUGCUAUGUGGAAUCGGAGGUGACCACCACCAGUCUGUCUCGCAGUGCUACGCCCUCGCCCGCCUCCACCCCGCAGCUGGAGCUGGAGGCCCCGCAUCCCGGCCUGACCACGACCACGGUCGUGACGCAAAUGCAGCGGAACCUCACCUUCCAUAAACCCAUCCUGGCGGUGGCCAGUUGCAGCCAGGGAGGCGGAAAUAUGACCGCAGGCUACGCUGCAGCUGGAGUGGAUAAGGCAGAUCGGGAACGGGAUCGAGAGCAGGAACGGGAAAAAGAGAGCAUCGCCGAGUGGCACCGCAAGAAGCCCAGCAUCUGGGAGAUGUACUACGGCACCAACCGGCUCCAUCAGUCACUCCUCGGAAAGCAGCGCAAUGGAGGCGAACUGGUCAUCAGCAGUGCCCAGCCCAGUCUGUCCUAUCCAUCCUCACGACCCGAGUCGGAUUUCACGCUCGACCUGCCGAGGGCCGAGCAGUUGCGCUUGAAAAUGGACAAGGAGAAGAAGUUCCGCCAAAGAUGCCGCUUUAUCACCACGUUCCUCAGCCUGGUCUUCUUCUUGCUGACCGUAAUGGUGGUGAGCCUAGUUUCGACCCGCGGCAAACGGAUGUUCGGCAGCAUGAUUUGAGGAACCCCGAUCACCGACCCCACUAGCAUCUAGAUACGAGUCUGCUAAUUUGAGGGACUGCAGAACAUUACAAACUACAGUGCCAACCACAAAUGUAACACGUUAACGAUGCUCAAGUUUAGCGAUAGUGGUAGUCGUAAGCUCCUCGUGGUUUUUUUUGGCAGGGCAGGACCGCCACAGCCGCAGUCGCAGUAUUGUUAAUAAAUUAUUUAUGUGAUCCUAGAAAUUAAGUCCGAGCAAGUGCAUUUGUUUCUGUGCGUUCGCGUAUACUGCCUGUAUCCAGCCUAUCGUUUGUCAAACAUAUCGUUAAGUCGAUCGAACUGUAUUAAAUAUAAAUGUAUAAUUAUAGCUAGGGUCUUGUGAAUGUGUUGAGAAUAAACAGAAUAUUGAGUAUA